UGUGCGUAUGACUAGUAAUUGCUUCUAAUAACCUAAUUCAUAUGUAAGGCAAUUAAAAGCGAAACGCUGGCUUGGUCAAAAAGACGGGAAACCUUUGGAACUUCCGGUGUGCUGUCACUCCGAAACGGAAUUCGCCCUCGCGGUGACGUCAUCAGCUCGGUCCAGCGCUGUGGAUUUUGUUAGGGCAAAACCGAAAGCAAGCUCUGCUACUUCAACUAUCAACUAUUGACGUGGAAGCAAAUGGACUUGCAAAUCUGCAGAUCUACACUGAAUUGACUGACUCCUUUCUUAGACAGCUGGAUUGUCCUGAAAAAAAAAAUGGAUGGGGAUAUGAAGCAGCCUGAGGAUGAUGCCCAGAACAUAAAGCAGAUAAAACAGCCUGAUCAAACAAAGAAAAGUAAAAAAGCUGCAGAUAGUGGUAAUUCUGAAGAAGAAGAAGCUAAAAAAGGAGAAGAAAAGUGUUCUUCAAAUGAUGGUGAAAGACAUCAGGAAGAGGACAGUGAAGUUCCUACUUCAGAAAAAAAACAGGAAGGACAGGAUACUGAACAACCUGAGGACACUAAUACAGAAGUGCAUAACCAAAAGAAGGAGAGUGAAAAAGGGGAUAUGAAGCAGCCUGAGGAUGAUGCCCAGAACAUAAAGCAGAUAAAACAGCCUGAUCAAACAAAGAAAAGUAAAAAAGCUGCAGAUAGUGGUAAUUCUGAAGAAGAAGAAGCUAAAAAAGGAGAAGAAAAGUGUUCUUCAAAUGAUGGUGAAAGACAUCAGGAAGAGGACAGUGAAGUUCCUACUUCAGAAAAAAAACAGGAAGGACAGGAUACUGAACAACCUGAGGACACUAAUACAGAAGUGCAUAACCAAAAGAAGGAGAGUGAAAAAGGGGAUAUGAAGCAGCCUGAGGAUGAUGCCCAGAACAUAAAGCAGAUAAAACAGCCUGAUCAAACAAAGAAAAGUAAAAAAGCUGCAGAUAGUGGUAAUUCUGAAGAAGAAGAAGAAGAUAAAAAAGAAGAAGAAAAGUGUUCUUCAAAUGAUGGUGAAAGACAUCAGGAAGAGGACAGUGAAGUUCCUGCUUCAGAAAAAAAACUGGAAGGACAGGAUACUGAACAACCUGAGGACACUGAUACAGAAGUGCAUAACCAGCAGAAGGAGAGUGAAAAAGACACAAUUUGGGUCAGCAGUCAGUCUAAUGAUCAAGAGAACCUUGACAUGACAGAUGGGGAGUGCAUCAAACCCAGGAAUGAAAAUAAUGAAGUUCUACAGUCUGAAGAGGGCCUAAGAAAGAGGAGUUCUAAUAAGAACCAAACAAUAGAACAAAAGGGAGAAGAUGACCACACUGAAAAAAUAGGUAUCCCACCUACUGCCGAUACUUCCAGUGAAAGACAUCAGGAAGAGGACAGUGAUGUUCCUUCUUCAGAAAAAGACACAAUUGGAGUCAGCGGCCAGUCUAAUGAUCAAGAGAACCUUGACAGGACAGAUGGGAAGUGCAUCAAACCCAGGAAUGAAAAUAAUGAAGUGCUACAGUCUGAAGAGGGCCUAAGAAAGAGGAGUUCUAAUAAGAACCAAAAAUUAGAACAAAAGGGAGAAGAUGACCACAUUGAAAAAAUAGGUAUCCCACCUACUGCUAAUACUUUCAGGUGGUUUGUGUUAUGUACGAUAUUACUUUUUCUGAUUGCUUUUGCGGUUGUGGCUUGGUGGCGCUCACCUUCACCUUCGCAAAAAGAUUUAAACUUGCUGGAUGUGUUCUAUCAAGAAAUGGACAAGGUUCAAGCCAGUUUUCCGAGCCAGCGCCAUGAACUUUGGAGGAGAAGCAGAAUCCACCUCCAGAAACAUCUCAAUCUGACUGAUCCGACAGAACCAGUGAGUCUCAUUCUAACCUCUGGUAGUGGGGCUAAAAAGACUCUGGGCUGUCUGGCUCAACAGUUAGCUGCAGCAUUUUCUAAGGCUCUCAACUCCACAUUUCUGGAUAUUGAUGGAACCAGCAAAACUGCACAAGACAGCGACCAGGUUAAGCUGGACAUUGAUAAAGCACUAAAAGAGGCAUUUGAAGGUGGAAAACAGGCAGCAGUUAUUCAUCGGUUUGAAGAGCUUCCUCCUGGAUCUACACUCAUAUUCUAUCGAUAUUGUGAUCAUGAGAAUGCUGCAUUUAAGAAAGUUUUCUUGGCUUUUACUGUGAUGCUCCAGGAAAAGAUGGAUUUCCAACCUAAUGUUAGUCUUGGAAUGGUGGAAGAGGAUGUGCAAGACUAUUUAAAAGAGAAGUUUGUCUUAUCUGACAGGAUAGCUAAGUUUAACCAGAUGGAUUUAGACAAGCUAGGGGGUCUGUGGAGCAGAAUCUCUCAUGUCAUCCUACCAGUAACUGCAGAGCAGAAGAUUGAACAGCAUGGUUGUCAAACGUAAAAGUGAAAUUCUGUGAACUGAACUAGUGGAUUUUUUAGUUAACAUGGAGGAAAAUCUACAUGGAUCCACUGAAUCGUAGUUUUAACAGAUUUUACACUGUGUGUCUGUGUGUGUAUGUGUGCCUGUGUGUGAGAGAAAGACUCAUGAUACUUGAAUUAAGUUUGAAAAAAUGCCUUAAGGUGACCAAAUUAAAGUUUGUACAGCUUAAAAUUAUAUAAGGUUAAAGAUUUUUUAAUCAUGCAUUAUGAAAUGUAAUUUGAAAUCUUGCAAAACAUUUUGAUAUUUAAUCAUUUCAAGCUUCUGACUGCUCAGAUGUCAUUUGACGUUUAAAAAACAUUGGUUGGUAUUAGGAGUACAUGGACGGUUAUUCUGUUUUCUUUGUAACUGCGCUUCACUUUGCAGGCUGCAGUGAACUCAACAACUUGUAGACCUCUCCUGUGGGGUAUGAAAUGCAAAGUAAAAUUACAUGAUAACAUAGAUUUUAAAUUAAAUAAUAACAUUUGUUUCUGCAGGGUAUAUUAAUAAAUCCAACUUUAAAAAAAAACAGUAUAUGUAUUAUAUUUUUAAUAAAUGAUUGCAUAUUUUGUUGAUCAUGUUUCAAGUAUAAAUUUUGUAUCAAAAUGG